AUGGUCAAGUUUCGUAGACUUUUCGAAGAACGUAACAUGAAACAUGUGAUUAAAUCUUCUUCCAGUGUCGACAGCAUGAAUGAAGAUGUCGAUGAUAAGAACAAAAAAUCACGAAAUUUGGAAUGGACAGUAUUAAUUGAUAAAUAUGUUAAAGCAACAAACGAUUUUUGUGUAUUUAUGUAUGAUAAGCAUCAUUGGACAAAAAGCACGAAGCAACGGAAGAAAGACGAUUUCCUCUUCAGCGCUGAUGCACACUGUGCAUUUGAAGAUUGUACUUGUCGAUUUCAUUGUAUUAUAUUGAAUGGUGGUAAAUUAGUAUUCAACUAUUUGGGAGCUGUUAAUCAUAGUCGUAUUCAACUUUUGUCUCGUCCUAUACGUGCCAGUCGUCGAAUAGAAUUUGGCAAUCAAAUAGCGGUCGGUGCUACGCCCGGCUCACUUCGUCUCGAAAAGCUUAAGUCUUUGUCGACAGACAACAGAGAAUCUGGUAACAGAAACGUCGUCGGAUCCAGCCCAUCAGUCAUCAGAAAAAUUGCCAGUGAUCAAAAUGUGAAAUUAUCGAAAGAUAAAGAAUUAGAUACAAGUCUCCGACUCAUACAAAACGAACAGAACUUAAAAAUAUCACCAGAUGAGCAAGUGACAGGUUUUCUUCAGGAAAUUUGUACCGUUCCAUUACGCCUCAUUUGUUUUACUGCUGGAGGAAUCGCUUCCUGGCAUGCCUACGGUGAUAAUAUGCCAAUGUCAUGGGAUGCAACCGGUGGCAUUGUCGCUAACCACGGGAAACGAAUAUACUAUUAUGAAUUAACCAUGAGUAAUUUGAGUAAAGGUGGUCCAUCAUUACCUGUCACCUGUAUGUUAUCGAAUUCGCAUGGUGCAAUGGAUAUCGUCCAUUGGAUGAAUUGUUUUAAAGAACGAUAUAAAACCGUUUAUGGAUAUGGAGAGCCGUUCCCGAAGCCACCUGUUAUACAUUCCGAUCGGGCAUUGGUAUUUCUGUUAGCCGGUCUGCAAUUCUUUAAUCAAGACGAAACAAUGGCAGAAUAUGUUGAAAGAGGUUGGAGAAUUGUACAAAAAACAGCGACACACGCUGAUUUGACCAAGAACAUUGUUCAUUCUUGCUUGGGACAUUUAAUGAAAAAUGUAAAAAAACAUGCAACGAAAGAACUCCAAAAGAAACAGAUUCCAUUUGGAAUGUGGCUGAUUGCUUUAUUAGUUAAUUGCAAUACAUUGAAUGAAAUGGACGUUGUAUGGGAGAAUAUAUGUACAGUUUUAUUAAGUUCGACUCAAAAUGACUUAUUUAAAUUUUCACUUUCAACUUUGUCCAAAAUGGCCGAUACAAUGAAUGGUGAUCCAGACAAAGAAAGCUUUAUUUUACAAAACGUACAUGUUAAUGGCAAUGCAGAAUGCAAACAUAAUAUCGACGAAGAUGGGAAUGAAGAAGAUAACGACGACAUUGUGGGCAGCGAAGAAGAGACCGUUUUGAACAUGCAUUCAUCAUUCAAAAGUCAUUUUACCGAAAUAUACAAAUCGACGAUGAAAAAAAUCGAAACAUAUCAGCAGCCAUCGUGGUCUCAUUUGAAAACUAAUCAAAUUCAUUCUGAAAAUUUCUUGAAGAAAAUUCUGAAAUUGUAUAUCCCAACAACUCCUAUCUGGUCCAAUCUGUUGCUCGGCAAUGUCGCGUCACGUUACGGUUAUAAUAUCAACGUCGAGUACAAGCAUUGUGGUUGUCAUAAAAGUCGUACUACCGGACUUUCGGAAUCACGAAUGAGAGUGGUGAAACAAACAAUUUUAUGUAAUAAAGUGUAUAAUCGUAUCGAUCAAGCUGUUGCUAGACUUGGUGAAACAAUUGUUGCGGUCGAAACGAAUUAUGCCGACUAUCAUGUGUUGAAUCGUAACAAAAAGAAGUUACCAACAAAAAAGCACAAGCCAGCCACUGAAAAUUGGAAUAAGAGAAAGCAUCCAAUUAAACCAACCGGAGUCUAUCAAGAGAAACCGACAAUCAAUUUAGUAACUCAAAUUAAUAACCGUUUUAUUAAAGAAAAUAAGUCACACUUCGGUAUGAUAUUAUCAGUCACAAUACGACAUUAUAUGUCUUACUAA